ACAAAUUAGUCGUAACGAAAAAGAAAAGGAAAGCGAUUUGCUUUCCGCCGGCGGGGUUCUCCUCUUAUUUACAUUCAUCAUGCGGGGAUCAGCUAACUAGGUUUCUCAUCUUCCCAAUCGAUCCAUUUCCUUGCCGACCGUUGUCUCCAUUUGCAGAAAAUACAAAGACUGCAUCAUCCACGAGAAUAAGAAUGGAGUCAUCUACAGACAAGUUAGAAGAAGUGAAAGAAGAAGGGAAGUUAUCAUCAUCGUCACCGUCGUGGUCAUCACCUUUUGGUAUGGUAGCAGCACAGUAUCGAAGGAUAAAAGAAAAUGCAGAAACAUAUCCAUAUGUUUGGGGAUCCUAUACGAUAGUUUAUGGUGGAUUUGGGCUUUGGUUUACCUACAGAUGGAGGAAGUUGCGUAGGACUGAGACCAGAGUGAAAGUCCUUCAAGAUAAACUCAGGAAACUUGUUGAAUCGGAGGAGACUUCAACAACUGCUUCUACUUCGAUAGCAAAGCCCAACAUCACCACCGCCCCUUCUAGUACUGUCGACAAACCAUCCAACUAGGUUUUCUUCACGUUUCUAUUCACAAUGCUGUUCAUCUUUUUGAAUAGUACUGUUGAAUCCUUUUGAGCAAAUGCAGACACCACAAUUGAGUAGAAGAAAGCCAGUGACUAUAAUACUAACAAUAUAAGUUCUUAAACCUUUUAAUAUCAAAAUCAUCUUAUCUCUGAGUAUUGAGUUUGAUUUAUUUUUUGGUCUUUUGAUC